AUGACACAAUUUUUGCCGCCAAAUCUUCUUGCAUUAUUUGCUCCACGAGAAGCAAUUCCAUUCUUACCACCUAAUGAUAAAUUACCACAUGAAAAAAAACGUCUACCAUAUGGUGGCUUAGGAGAAUUUUUAUCGACUUUUGAACAAGCUCAUGAAACACCACCACCAACAAGAAUUGAAACAAAAGAAGAACGAGUUGCAAGAAAAGCACGCGAAAAAGCUGAAAGAGCAGCUCUUCAACUUGAACAAAACGCUACUUUAUGGGAUCCUAAUACUAAUGAAAAAGCUACAGCCGAUCCAUACAAAACAUUGUUCAUUGCUCGACUUAACUACGAUACAUCAGAAACCAAACUAAAGCGUGAGUUUGAAGUGUACGGAAAAAUAAAAAGCAUUAACUUGGUUCAUGAUACACAAACUGGUAAACCGCGUGGCUAUGCGUUUAUUGAAUAUGAAAAAGAAUCCGAUAUGCACGCGGCAUACAAACGAGCUAAUGAACGUAAAAUUGAUGGCCGACGUGUUGUUGUCGAUGUUGAACGUGGUCGAACAGUCAAAGGAUGGCGACCAAGACGAUUAGGUGGUGGAUUAGGCGCAACACGCCGUGGUGGUACAGCAGGACCCAAACGUAGCGCAGGCGAAGAACGUCGACGAUCUUCAUCGAGAGACCGAAAACGAAGAUCAAAAUCUCGAGAUCGCCGCCGUAGUCGAAGCCGUGAACACAAACGUCGUCGAACUCGUUCUCGCUCAGCUGAACGUCGUAGUGAUCGUCGUUCAUCCCGCGAACGCCCAGAUACAACAAGACGUCGAUCACGUGAUCGAGAUCGUGGCGAUCGUGGCCGUCGUUCGGGUAAUCUUCGAGGUGAGAAUGAGACACAUAACAAUAACGGCAAUGCACCAUAUGAUACAUUCGGAAUAAAUGAUGGUUAUUAG